AACAAUAGAAGAAGAAGUACAUUGGUAAACGCCUGUGAGUUUAGUGACGGAAGUAGUUUUGUCAGCGAAACCACAACGUCAUCACGAGCCCUCAGGUGUGAGAGAGAUGAGAGAGAGGACGCCGCGGGACUCACUGGAUUAAACUCAGAACGGUCCAAACAACUUUUACAAUUGGAAUAUUUCUCCCAAGACGCAAUGAAAAACGCCUGGAUAGACUGAUCUGAGUUUCUGUUUGGUGUCUGUCUGCUGAAGUAACAUGAAUUCCGCCGCGUAUGAACAUAGAGGGAAUGGGCAACCUGAGCAGGUCACCUUCCUGACGAAUGAACAGAAGAUGACACCAGCACGGAAGACGAGGAUUGCCGUGGGGGUCGUCGUUUCCCUGCUGGUAGUUGCCGCGGUGGUUGGAUUUCUCGUGUGGCUCUUUGUUGUUAGGAGCAAAGAAUUGGAAGAGUCCACCACUCAGAAAUCCACCUCAUCCACACUAGUUUACAGCGGACACAUGAAGCUUCUCAAACUGGAGUACAGCCCAGCAUAUGACAACCCUGAAAGUACGGAGUUCCAACAAAUGGCAAAAGACCUGGAAGGAAUUAUGAACGAUACAUUCACCAGAGAUCCUUUACUUUCCAAAUACUACACCAAGUCUGUCAUCACUGCCUUCAGUGAAGGAACCUUAGCGUAUCAUUGGUCUCAGUUUGACAUUCCUGAGAUGGACCAGGAGAUCGUCCCAGAGCUGACAGAGCAGCGUGUGAUCGAGGCUCUGCAGAAGACCAUCCGACAGGAGGGCAAACGCUUCAGGACCUUCACAAUCACUUCCAACGACAUCACCGCUUCACCCACAGACCCUCGGAUGGCCAGAGACCCCAGAUCCAAAAACUGCUUUUACAGUCUUGUUGCUGAAACCACCAGCAAAGAAUUUGUGUCUCCCGAUCACCCUAAGAAAUAUCCAGCUCACUCCCGAUGUCAGUGGCAGAUUCGCGCCCCUAAAGGCCACGCCAUCAUUGUCAAAUUCAAGACCUUCCACAUCGAGGAUGACUGUGCCAAUGACUAUGUGGCCAUCUACGACUCUCUUAGUCCUGACAGCACUCGUGCCAUCACAAAACAGUGUGGUCUUCGCCCUCCUUCAAAUCCUCUUGACGUUGUUUCUUCUGGUAACAUCAUGCUUGUCAACCUGGUCACAGACAAGGUCCGGAAACAAGGAUUCAAAGCGGUUUACUCUGCCAUUCCUACUACUACUGGUGUGAGCUGUGGAGCAUCUCUGACUGGUUCCACGGGAAACUUCACCUCUCCGCAUUACCCUAGUUUCUUCCCUCCUUUGGUAGACUGCAUUUGGAACAUCAAUGUUCCUGCUGGCAGAUGUGUAAAGAUUGAGUUCGUUAUGUUCCGUGUGAAGGAGCCGGGGGUAGACACCAACAACUGUCACAAAGACUACGUAGAGGUGCUGGGAAAAAAGUAUUGUGGGGAGAGGCAAAGAUUUGUGCUCUCUAGCACCAGCAAUACCUUGGAAGUGAAGUUCCAUUCAGAUGAAUCCUACACUGAUAAGGGAUUCAGCAUCAUUUACACCGCAUUUGACCCUGUAGACCCUUGCCCUGGUAGGUUUGCGUGCACCUCAGGCUUGUGUAUCUCAAAACAGCAGCAGUGUGACGGGUGGAACGACUGCGCUGACAUGAGCGAUGAGAAACAGUGCAAAUGUGAUGAGGAACAAUUCACUUGCAGAAAUGGCCUUUGUAGGCCUCAGUUCUUUGUCUGUGACAGAUCGAAUGACUGUGGCGACAACAGUGAUGAGGAACAUUGCGAUUGUGGCAUUGCUGAGGAAAGGUGCGGGGAUGGCGCCUGCAUCUCAAAGGAUUAUGUAUGUGAUGGGAAAAAUGACUGUGCUGAUGGCAGCGAUGAGGUCUCCUGCUCAGGAUCGGCUGGUAUCUGCAAUGAUUUCUCCUUCGUGUGUAAAGACAAGCAGUGUGUAAACAAAGUCAACGCAGAGUGUGAUCGCGAAAACGACUGCUCAGAUGGUUCGGAUGAACAGGGAUGCGACUGUGGAGUCCGGCCAUACAAGCACAACCGUAUUGUGGGUGGGAAGAACGCAGAUGUGGGUGAAUGGCCGUGGCAGGUCAGCCUACAUUUCAAGACCAAUGGACACACUUGCGGCGCCUCAAUCAUCUCCAACAAAUGGCUGCUUUGUGCUGCCCACUGCUUCAUCCAGCCUUCAGACGACAGCUACAAAAUGACAUCCAACUGGCUGACGUACAGUGGUCUGCGGGACCAGAACAUCCAGGACGCCUCAGUUCAGCAGCGUACUAUAAAGACCAUCAUCACCCACCCAAGCUACAAUGAAAUGACCUACGAUUAUGACAUCUCCUUGUUGGAACUGAGCCAGCCAUUGAACUUCAGCAACACCGUGCAUCCCAUCUGCCUUCCAGCAUCGACCCACGUUUUCUCGGCCGGCAGUUCCUGCUUUGUGACGGGCUGGGGCGCGCUCCGAGAGGGAGGAAUUGCUGCAACAAUCCUGCAGAAAGCAGAAGUUAAGGUGAUUAAUGAUACAGUAUGCAACAUGGUGACCGAAGGUCAGGUGACCUCUAGAAUGAUGUGUAGCGGCUACCUCACUGGAGGUGUGGACGCUUGUCAGGGAGACUCGGGCGGGCCUCUUGUGUGUCGAUCCGAUGUUGGCAAAUGGUUCCAGGCUGGCAUAGUGAGCUGGGGAGAAGGCUGCGCUCGGCGGAACAAGCCUGGCGUCUACACGCGUGUCACCAAACUACGGGACUGGAUCCGUGAAAUCACAUCCGUAUAGUGGAGCCUGGACCUGCGAUCAUAUGACAACCAAAGAAGAACAGAAAUGUUCAGCUCUGUGAAUAUUUAGUACAGUAUGUGAGCCGCACACGCACAAUACAGCUUCGGUUGUCAUCAUUUGUGAGAAAAUUGAACUUGCAUUCGUUUCAGACCACCUUGUUGGCUUAUCAGUGUGGUUUUUCAUAGCUGUAUCAAUCUAAAGUUGAGUUCAUCUUUAGUCAACCAAAUCAAAUACGUGGAGAUACAACUAUAAUGAGGGGAUAUACAUAUAUAUCACUGUGAUGCACUGUUACACAUUUUUUUGCCAACUUUCAUUUGUUCAAAUCUGAUUUCUUCAACAGUAACUUCAUAAAUGGCACUUAGAGAUCAAACUGUCCUAUAAUGAGAUUGCCAGCAACAUCUGACCCAAUGGAAUUCAUGUUGUUCUCUUUCUGAAUUAUGUUCUGUUUUUAUACAAAUCUUUUAACUUUUUCUUAUACUCAAAACGUGCCUUUAUUCCAAAGACUGGACUUUGCCUCUUCUCAGAAACAAUGACUCUUGUGUUUCAGACUUUGGAGCGAGCUUCAGUCCCUACAUUUUUUUCUUUCUCUUUUAGAGAAGGUCAAAAGCUUCUUUGCAAUCUAGAAAUUUCUGUAAGCAUCCCACUCUGGCUGACCUUCUUUCCUCACAUCUGUGUGAUCUCGGGACCUUGGAGGCAAAGCUCUAAAUGGGAGGAUUAGGUAAAAAUAGGAUAUUUCCAUCAUCCAUUUGCCAAUACAACCAAGGCCAACAUAGGUCACUCACUUCUGCUGCAUGUUAGAGUUCCAGCCAAUCAAUGUCAAAGAAGUUGGCUGAAACAACCUAGCAGGAUGGUCUUUGCUUCAAAGAGUCCUGAAUGUAUUGAGGAAUCUAUAACCCCGGAUCCUAAAAGACUUGGCAAGUUUCUUUCCCAUGGAAAGUCCACUUGCUUAAGAAUUUCAGGCUUUGUAGUGUAGAGACUUAAUCUCCCAGGAGGUACAAAAGAUGCAAGCUGUGUGUUGAGGGAUGUCAAGCAAUGGACUAUAUAUGUAUGUACUACUGGAGUUUCAUAUAGCAUCAUGAUGAUUAAUUUAACCUGUUACGGGCCUGUUAGGCUUUUGUUUUUUAAUUGGGAGAAUUUCAAACAAAUUUUUAAAUUGUUUAACUAAAAUUAUUGUAUGGCUUUUAGUGUCUGGGUGACUAACAUUUGUAAAUAUUUAACAUGCUUUUUAAAUGCAAAUUUAGCGAUUACUUUUAGUUUAGUUUCAUUGUGUUUCUAUUUAAACACUAUGCAAAUGUUUUAAUGUAUUACAAUUUCCCAAGAGUUUACAAUGUUCUCUUAACAAUAAAAUUUAUAGUGGUUUUACA